AGCAGCACCAGCAGCCGUGCAUCCCUAAGCAGUACACUAACAGUGCAGUUUAAUCGGCAGUUAAAGAUCGCUCCCAGGGGGCUUUAGUGAUGGCCAUUGCAGCGUGAUAGGUUUGACCGCUCUCUUUCUCUCUCUCUCUCUCUCGUGGCAUUGGCGUUGGUGAAUUUGUGAAUUGAACUUGCGACGUAUCGUGCACGCAUCACGCGGAUACACCACGCACGACAACGUCACCGAGUACUGAGGACGAGAUUGUGAGGAUUGUGAGGAUUGUGUAAUUGGCGGUUGCCCGACUUGCUCGCUCGUGGUGGUGGUGGUGGUGGCAACAAUGGCGCGCUACAUGGCCAGAAGUUUUAUGGACCUGAUCUGGGACUAUGCGGUGUUCAUCGUGUUUAUCAUCUUCUCCACGCUGGUCCCACUGUGGGGUCGAUUUUUCGGCAAAAAGGAGAAAACCAAGGCCGACUAUGUGUUCGGCCUGGGGACGAUCUCGAUGGGUGCGAUGAUGCUGUCGAUCGCCCGCGGGACCCUCGGUGUGCGUUCGUUUCUGGGCUAUCCGAGUGAACUGUUUUACCGCGGGUCGGCCAUGUGGGAAACGCUGUACGGUAUGGUGACGGCGUAUCCGGUCGUGUGCUUCGUCUUCAUCCCGGUGUACUUCAACCUGGGCGUUACCUCCGUCUACCAGUAUCUGGAUUUGCGCUUCAACAGCCGGCUUGUGAGGUGUCUUGCAUCUGGUACGUACAUUAUACGAUCGCUGCUGAACCUGGGUGUGACCGUGUACACGCCGACCGUUGCGCUGAACACCGUGAUCGGUAUCCCUUACUGGGCGUCGCUGAUUGGCAUCUCGGCGAUUAGUAUCGUGUUUAAUCUGCUCGGUGGUCUGAAGGCGGCGAUAACGGCUGACGUUAUACAGGGCGUCACCAUGAUUCUGAUCUCGCUCGGUAUCAUCAUCCAGUCGAUGGUCAGUGUGGGAGGUUUUGAGAAGAUCUUCACCAUUCCGGCUAAUAAUGAUCGCCUCGAUUUCCUUAACUUCACGGGAGACUUUACGGUGCGCGUGGACACUACAUCGGCCUGGCUCGGUCAGCUGUUUAUGUCGCUCAGUAUCUUUGGCUGUCAGCAGAACUUUGUCCAACGGUACCUCAGCAUGGGCACGUUCAAGGAGGUGCGCCGCACGCUGAUGAGCAACAUUCCCGUCGUGAUCGUGCUGUUCUGUCUGGCGUGGAUCGUCGGUAUGGGCGUCUACUCGGUGUACGCCGUUUGCGAUCCGAUGAAGGCAGGUUACAUCAACAAAAUGGACGAAAUUUUGCCCUUCUUCGUGGAAGACAAGUUCGCUUACCUACCGGGGGUGCUGGGCAUCUUCAUGGCGUCGCUGUUCAACGGAGCGCUCAGUCUGAACGUUUCGAACCUGAACUCGCUUGCGACAGUAACGUGGGAGGACUUUCUUUCGCAUCUGCCCCGGUUCAAGGGUAUUGGUGAUAAGCAGCAGCUGAACGUGAUCAAGUUCAUCGGUUCCAUCUACGGUGUGAUAGUGAUGGGUGUGGGCUUCUCGGUCGGUCUGCUGUCCGGUGUGAUCGAGAGCAGCAUGCUGAUGACGUCGGCCACCUCUGGUCCGUUGUUGGGUGUGUUUUUGCUCGCGAUGCUCGUACCGAUCGCCAACUGGAAGGGAGCAGCCUGUGGUAUGCUGUUUUCUCAUGUUAUCACACUGUGGAUCACGUUCGGUAGCUUGACCGUCUCCAAGGAGGUUGUUCUGCUACCUACCACCAUCGAGGGUUGCACCAACGAUACGUUCUCGUCCGGUAUCACGAAACCAACGAAAUCCUGGCUGCUGGCCAACACGCCACUCGAGGUGGAAUCGGAUUUCCCUUACCUGGACACUACGAGCACAGUGCCGUCGCCCACCGACACAGGGCUCGGCUUCCCGCAGAGCCUCUAUUCCGUGUCCUACAUGUACUACAGUUUGAUCGGUACCUUCCUGACGGUGGCCAUCGGUACGCUCGUCAGUGUGCUAACGUCACACGAAGACGAUGCGUACGAUCGCAAGCUGCUCCACCCGGUGGCGUACUACUGCAGCCGACUGUUCCCUGGCAAGGAACGCCGGUACAUCACCAAUCCCGACAUCCGGCCAAAGGAAGAGAAGCAACCGAAGGCCACCGCCGGUGACGAUCGGUCGAAGAAGAUACCGAUAGACGAGCUGGAACGCGAUAACCUUGGCUUCGAUACGGUUUCGGAGCAAUCGGGCGUUACCGUCGUUAGCAUAGACCCGGUAACACCACCGGUCAAGCCAGAACCGGGUAGUCUGGAGGGAGUGUACCGGAAGCGUGAUCUGGAAUCGGCAUAAUGAUCGACGUUUCCGCUCCUUUCCGCCACUCCUCGCUAGCCGUUCAAAGCAAAAAAAAAACAAUCAAAAGACUGUGAUAAACUCAGAGAACCUACCGCAUAAGAGACCGGUCCCAAUCGGUGGCCGCAAGGGAGGUCGUAGUCGUAGGGUUGCAGGUCAGCUUCACCGCAGAUAGUAUUUCGUAGUCUGCCCCGGUAGCCUUGCUCCUGGCAGGCUUGUCGAGGGAUGUUCACAAGGAACAGCAUUAAUUUGUAAAUAGGUAGCUAACAGAAAUAAGAAAGUGCACACGUUUGUGUGCCUAGGGCUUUAGCAGGGAACGGUCAUCUACUGGAAUCUAACUGUACUCUACUGUGUAAGUGUGUUAAGGCGUCCCUUCACCUAAUCUCUUCCCGCUUCAU